AGCAGAGGGCGUGUCGUAUAUUUUCAUGAAAAGUACGACACAGAGGGUAACUCCUCUGAGUCGGUAACAAGAAGAAAACGGAGGUCGUUGUUUGAAGUUUAACUCAACACAUUUCAAUGAAGUUUCUACACAAAUCGCCCGAGUUGUCUCAAAGAUUCAUGAAGCUCUAAACCCAUACAUCUUUCAGCCUUUCACUAUUCAGCCUCAGAAUGACAACAGAUCUCAGACUUCUGCUUCUCUCCAUAUCAAUUCUGUCUGGUCCGCUGAGCUGCUGUGGUUUCAGAAUAUGUGCCUUCAAUGUCAAGAGUUUUGGAGAUGCUAAAUCAGCCAAUUCCCAAAUCAUGCUUUCUUUAGCACGGAUUGUAGCUCGUUGUGACAUAUGCUUGCUCCAGGAAGUCAGAGAUCAGAAAAAUAAAGCUAUCCCACGCUUGCUUGCUGCUGUCAACAGACUUGACAGGAAUAUUGAGUAUGACUACGUCGCAAGUGUCCGUCUCGGGAGAACAAAAACCUAUCAGGAGCAGUAUGUUUUUAUUUACAGGAAAAGCACAGCCAAGCUAAAAAAUCAAUAUCAGUAUCCAGAUUCACAGAUAGGAGAUGAAGAUGCUUUCUCCAGAGAACCCUUUGUGGUACAUUUUCAAGCCCCCGAAACAGUGGCCAAGGAGAUUGUUCUGAUCCCUCAGCACACCACUCCAUCAAAUGCCACCAAAGAGAUUGAUGAGCUGUAUGAUGUUUUUGAGGAUAUUCAAAAGCGAUGGAAAGUCAAGAACAUCAUGUUUCUUGGGGACUUCAAUGCAGCUUGUGGAUACGUGGCUAAGAAGAACCGUAAGAACAUCAGACUCUUCUCAGACUCGUCUUUUAUCUGGCUGAUUAAAGAUGAUGUGGACACUACAGUAAAAGAGUCGACUGAUUGUGCAUAUGACAGAUUUGUUGUGUAUGGAGAGGCAUUUUUGAAAACAAUUGAGCCAUUUUCAGCACAACCAUUCAAGUUUUCCAAAGAAUACCGUCUUACAGAGGCUCAGGCUCUUGAAGUGAGUGAUCACUACCCCAUUGAAGUCACCCUGAAGACCGCAAAGUCUGGAUUUCACUUAAGAAACAGCAAAGCAUCAUGUCUUCUGCCCACAGCAUUUGUUCUCAACGUCUUACUGCUACUGCAAUGAGUGGAAAUAAGUCUGAAAAUUAGAAUUCAUCUCAUCUAGGUUAAGCAAAGACUAUAAGUUGCUGUUACAGACCUGUUGUUGGAUUUGAACUUGAAGCGGGCCACAGCUGCAUUUAAAGAAUGUCAUGGAUAGUGGUUGUGACUACAUCAACAAGGCCCAAGGUUCAUAGUCUGGAAAUUAUGACAAUCAUUGAACAUUUCAUUUUCUUGUGUCUGAAGUAUGCAUCACAUUUAAUUAAUAUAGUGUAUUUGCUUUUUCCUUUAUAUUGCAAGUGGCUACAUUAUGACAACUUCAGACAGAAAUGUAUUUUUUUGUAAUAAACUUUUGUAAGUUUA